AUGCCGGCGAUUCUCAAGAAUUUGGACGGGCGCGUUGCUCUGCCUAUACUGGCCCUGGCAGGGUGUGGAGUUGCCAUAGGAGUGGCAAUCGAGUGUUCUCAAGUUCUACGGGGAAAAACAAUUGCUUUUUUGGACAAGCAUAGAAAAGAUUUUCCUCUCAAGGUUGCUUCUGGUUUCAGUUACGAGGAUAGAAUCAGUCAACUGCCUGAUCAUCUUCUGUCAGAUAUACUCUUGCGUUUAGACUUGAUAGAAGCUGUUAGGACAAGAAUUUUGUCGAAAAGAUGGAAAGAUAUUUGCAAACUUAUGUCUAAACUAAACUUUGAUUGCUGUAAGAUGUUUGGAGAGAUUGAAGAUCAUGGUAACUACAGCUUUAAACAUAAGGGUAGGUUCUUGAAAGCAGUUGAUCAAUCUUUACGUCUUUAUUCAGGUCAACAUGUACCUUAUUUCAUUCUAACAUGUUGUUUGGGGAAAGAAUUUGCCAAUGUUAUCAGUAGAUGGAUGCAGUCUAUUGCUGCAUUAGGCGUAGAAGAACUUCUGAUCAAGUUCUGCUCCCCUAUUCAUGUUGAUAAAAAUGGCAACGGUAGCUUGGUCAAACAUUAUCCCUUCCCUUUUGAGCUUUUCUUUGAAGCAGCUUCAUUGAAAAACUUGCAUUUAUUCGCCUGCGUCCUACGACCAAGUUUUAAAGGCCAAUUCAAAUCCCUUCAGUUUCUGACUCUGAUGGAUAUUAUUGGUGUACAUCUCCGGUUGAAGUUUUUGUUCAUUGAAUCAUGUCAUGGCGUGAAAGAAAUAGAUAUCAGUGCCGGAAAUCUCACCUUUUUCUAUUGUUAUACUGAUGAAGUGAUAAAACAUUCACUUCGUUUUGUUCCCGAACUGGAAAACUUGAGUCUCAGCUGCAACGGUAGUGGUACAGUGCCUCAUUUGUUCAGUGAAGUUGCAAAAGAUUGUACUCAGCUAAAACAGUUACUUUUCCAGACUAAAACGGAUGAGCUAGAGUGCAUACCUCUCAAGAUGGAUAUGUUCAGCAACCUCAAGAUACUAUACUUGUUGAUAAUGUUCGACUCUAAUAACUGGAUGACCAACUCUAAAGUUGAUCUACUUAAUCUCACCCCUAUUUUGGAUGCCUGUCCGUUGCUAGAGCAAUUUCGUCUCUUGGCCAGAUGCCCGGGUCGUAAUGCAAAAAGAGGAGGGGCAUGGCCUCCUAGGCAUCAUGCUCACCUAAAAGAAAUGGAAUUUGAUGGAUUUCGCGGAACGAUGAAUGAGAUUGCAUUUGCUUCUUUUUUGCUACGAAGUGCUUCAGAGCUGGAGCGGCUGUGCAUCCGCUCAUCAUACAGUACUUAUUUUGCAGAUUUCACAUGGACAGAACAUCCAGAUUUGAGAUUUACCCUGAGGAACGCCAGGAGAUAUACAAACAACUAA